CGGCACAAAGGUUCCGGGCUCCCGCCCCGCACGUGCAGGAAGCCCCGUGGUGCGAGCGAGCGGGCGGGGCGCGGCGCAGCAAACCGACCCCAGCAGCCACGCGCUCCUUGCAGCGCUCGUUUUCCCCCCAGGGGCCGCCGGGCCUUCCCCCCCGCGAAGAUUUGUGCUGGGUUCAGCUUCGCUUGGGAGGCGUCGCAGCCCACCUCGUGAAGCCCAACGGGGAUGGCAGGCCGCAAACACGUCAGGGCGAUAACGGGGUUCGGUCUGCGACUUGAGGCCGUCUAAAACAACAUGUUCUUUCUCAACAUGUCAUUGAUUUAAAAUGCGUUGUCACAAAGUCAACAGCCCUCCUGGAGAAUCUCCUGGCUGAAGCUGGCAGAUAAGGACGAUUGAUAUGGGGGGGUAUCUGAAAGGAAAAUGACAGGCUGUUUUCUAGAAACAUGAUUGCUUGCUGCUCUUGAUCUCACAGCUGUGUGAAGACUUCUUCUCUGAUAAUGUCAAGUUCGGGCUAUCCUCCUAACCAAGGAGCAUUCAGCACAGAACAGAGUCGUUACCCUACACACUCUGUGCAGUACACCUUCCCUAGCACCCGACAUCAGCAGGAGUUUGCAGUUCCUGAUUAUCGUUCUUCUCAUCUGGAAGUCAGUCAGGCAACUCAGCUUUUGCAACAGCAGCAGCAGCAGCUUCGGCGACGGCCUUCCUUGCUUUCAGAAUUUCACCCGGGCUCUGACAGGCCUCAAGAAAGGAGAACUGGAUAUGAGCAGCAGUUUCAUCCAGGUCCAUCACAGACAGAUCAUGAUUCUUUGGACACUAAGCGUCCACGUCUUGAACAAGUUUCUGAUUCCCAUUUUCAGCGUGUCAAUACUGCUGCUGUCCUACCUUUAGUACAUCCUCUGCAGGAGGGAUUGCGCUCUUCAGAUAUUAAGAAGGAACCAGCUUUUGGAGGCAAGCAUGAAGGGCCAUCCUCUCCCAUCCCUGGUCAGCCAUGUGGAGAGGACCAGAAUGCUUCACCUUCAAAACUGUCGAAGGAAGAGCUUAUACAGAGCAUGGAUCGUGUAGAUCGAGAAAUUGCAAAGGUGGAACAGCAGAUCCUUAAACUGAAGAAGAAGCAACAACAACUUGAAGAAGAAGCUGCUAAGCCUCCAGAGCCAGAGAGGCCUGUCUCCCCUCCUCCAGUGGAACAGAAACACCGCAGUAUUGUCCAAAUUAUUUACGAUGAAAAUCGGAAAAAAGCAGAAGAAGCUCACAAGAUUUUUGAAGGUCUUGGUCCAAAAGUUGAACUACCACUUUACAACCAACCGUCAGACACAAAGGUGUACCAUGAAAACAUCAAAACAAACCAGGUGAUGAGGAAGAAGCUAAUUUUAUUUUUUAAGAGAAGAAAUCAUGCAAGGAAACAAAGGGAACAGAAGAUUUGUCAACGUUAUGAUCAAUUGAUGGAGGCAUGGGAGAAAAAAGUCGACAGGAUAGAAAAUAAUCCUCGUAGGAAAGCUAAAGAGAGUAAAACAAGAGAGUACUAUGAGAAACAGUUCCCAGAAAUCCGAAAACAGAGAGAGCAGCAAGAACGAUUUCAAAGGGUUGGUCAAAGAGGGGCUGGUCUUUCAGCAACUAUUGCUAGAAGUGAACAUGAGAUUUCUGAAAUCAUUGAUGGACUCUCUGAGCAGGAGAACAAUGAAAAACAAAUGCGUCAGCUCUCUGUCAUUCCUCCCAUGAUGUUUGAUGCAGAACAAAGACGAGUGAAGUUUAUUAAUAUGAAUGGUUUGAUGGAGGAUCCCAUGAAGGUUUAUAAAGAUAGACAGUUCAUGAACGUUUGGACAGACCAUGAGAAGGAGAUCUUCAAGGAAAAGUUUGUCCAACACCCCAAGAACUUUGGUCUAAUUGCCUCCUACCUGGAAAGAAAGAAUGUUCCUGAUUGUGUGCUGUAUUAUUAUCUAACCAAGAAAAAUGAGAAUUAUAAAGCACUUGUGCGAAGAAAUUAUGGAAAACGUAGAGGAAGAAACCAGGUUUCAUAUGCAGAAAACCAUAGUGCUGAUGAAUACAAAGCUACUCUGUUGCUCAUGUGGAACGCACAUUUAUCACAACAAAUUGCACGUCCUUCCCAAGAAGAAAAGGUAGAAGAAAAGGUAGAAGAAGAAAAAGCAGAAAAAACAGAGAAAAGAGAGGAAGAAAAGAAAGAUGAAGAGGAAAAGGAUGAGAAGGAGGAAUCUAAAGAGAACACCAAAGAGAAGGACAAAACAGAAGUUGCCCCAGAGGAAACUGAGGAAAGGGAGCAAGCAACUCCUAGGGGACGAAAGACUGCCAACAGCCAAGGCCGCCGUAAGGGCAGGAUCACCAGAUCAAUGACAAACGAAGCUGCGGCCGCAAAUGCUGCUGCAGCUGCUGCUACUGAAGAACCACCGCCUCCUCUCCCGCCCCCGCCAGAACCUUCUUCUGCAGAGCCUGUGGAGACCUCCCGCUGGACAGAAGAAGAAAUGGAAGUUGCUAAAAAAGGAUUAGUGGAACAUGGUCGCAAUUGGGCGGCAAUUGCCAAAAUGGUUGGAACUAAAAGUGAAGCUCAGUGUAAAAACUUCUACUUCAACUACAAAAGGAGACAUAAUCUGGACAACCUCCUUCAGCAGCACAAGCAGAAAUCUUCACGACGGCCCCGUGAAGAACGGGAUGUAUCUCAGUGUGAAAGUGUGGCAUCAACUGUGUCAGCUCAGGAAGAUGAAGAUAUUGAAGCAUCCAAUGAAGAAGAAAAUCCAGAAGACAGUGAAGGUGCUGAAAACAGCUCAGAUACAGAGAGCGCUCCAUCUCCUUUACCAGCAGAAGCUGUUAAACCUAGUGAAGAUGCUGUGUCUGAGGGCACUGUUUCUAGAAUAACCACUGAGACCGCAGCAGAGCAGGAAUCUGCCAUUAAAACUGCACCCAGUGCCUCCCCUUCUGCAGCAACCCAAUGCGCGCAAACAGCUGAAACUCAGAACUCUGAGCCACAGGUUAAAGAAGAAAUAAAUAAUGAGGUGGAAGAGGCUAUGGAGGUGGACAGUAGAAGCCACUCAGCUGAAGUUAAACCUAUGCUUAACCUUCCAGUGCAUACCAAAGUAGAGCCUAUAGACACUGAAAUGAGGUUACCAGAAAAUAUUCAAGUGAAAAUAGAAAGUGAAACCAAAGAAAGGGAUAUGGAGAAACCCAAGGAAAAGUCAGAACCUGAGGAAAUGGACUUCAGUCUCACACAACAGACUGCUACAGCAAGACAGGAGACCCAUUCAGACAAUGAUUCGAGCGCCACGUGUAGUGCCGAUGAGGAUGUUGAUGGAGAACCUGAAAGACAAAGGAUCUUCACUAUGGACUCAAAGCCUUCACUGCUAAACCCAACUGGAUCAAUACUAGUAUCAUCCACGAUAAAACAAGGACAGAUGGACUUGCAACAACUUCACCAUCGAGCUGCUGUCAUACCUCCUAUGGUCUCUUGUAGCCCAUGUACUGUACCUGUUGGCACACCAGUGAGUGGUUAUGCUCUCUACCAGCGGCACAUUAAAGCUAUUAUGCAUGAGUCAGCAUUGUUGGAAGAGCAGCGCCAAAGGCAAGAGCAGCUAGAUAUGGAAUACAGAAGUUCUGUGAGCCCAUGUGGCACAUCCAAGAGCCCCAGCAUGGAGUGGGAAGGAAAAUCAGUUGCCUAUAUGCCUUAUGCUGAGGUCAAACGAGCAAUAGAGCAGGAAGCACAGGUGCAAAAUACAGCAGCAAGGUCAGCAUCACCGUACAGGCUAUCUCCAAGAGAAGUCAAUAAAGCCUCUCCUCAGCCUGAUAUGAAUGCCGCUCGCUAUAGUGUCCCACCAGUCCUCCAGCCUGCUCCUCAUCAAGUAAUCACAAAUAUACCGGAAGGGGUCCGGCUCUCAGCAACCCGACCUACCAGACCACCACCGCCACUCAUUCCAUCCUCCAAAACUUCUGUGCCAUCAGAAAAGCCAUCGUUCAUUAUGGGAGGUUCUAUCUCACAAGGAACACCUGGCACUUACUUAACAUCCCAUAGUCAAGCUUCUUAUGGUCAAGAACCAGCAAAGCCCUCUGUGGGUUCCAUAUCUCUUGGACUGCCAAGGCAACAGGAGUCUGCCAAACCUGCCGCCAUCCCCUAUAUCAAGCAAGAAGAGUUCUCUCCCAGAGGCCAGAAUUCCCAGCCUGAGGGUCUUUUGGUCAGGGCACAGCAUGAAGGCGUAGUCAGAGGUACCACAACAACCAUACAAGAAGGAAGUAUAACACGAGGAACUCCAACCAACAAGGUUUCUGUUGAAACUAUGCCUUCGCUGCGAGGAUCCAUUACUCAGGGUACCCCAGCUCUGUCUCAGUCUGGCAUUGCUGCUGAUGCAUUACUGAAAGGAACCAUCACUCGACUGGCUACCGAAGACAGCAGCCCUGAGAAGUGCCGAGAUGAGUCUACAACCAAAGGCCAUGUUAUUUAUGAAGGCAAGAGUGGGCAUAUCUUAUCCUAUGAUACAGCUAUUAAGAAUGUCCGAGAAGGAACAAGGAGUCCACGGACUGCUCAUGAAAUGGGUUUAAAGCGAAGUUAUGAUACUAUGGAAGGAAAUAUAAAGCAAGGAAUGCCCAUGAGGGAGUCUCCAGUCUCUGCACCAUUAGAAGGGUUAAUAUGCCGUGCACUGCCCAGGGGCAGCCCUCAUGCCGAACUGAAAGAAAGAACUGUGCUGUCUGGCUCUAUAAUGCAAGGCACACCCAGAACGACGGCGGAGAGCUUUGAAGAUGGUCUGAAGUAUCCCAAGCAGAUUAAGAGAGAAUCUCCGCCCAUAAGGACAUUUGAAGGAGCCAUUACCAAGGGAAAGCCCUAUGAUGGAGUUACUACCAUUAAAGAAAUGGGCCGUUCUAUCCACGAAAUCCCCAGGCAGGACCUACUGAGCCAAGAAAGUCGCAAGACUCCAGAUAUAGUGCAGACUGCAAGGCCCAUUAUAGAAGGCUCCAUUUCUCAGGGUACACCCAUAAAAUAUGAAAGUAACUCUGGCCAGUCUGCCAUCAAACACAAUGUUAAAUCUUUAAUCACUGGACCAAGUAAACUACCCCGCGGAAUGCCUCAGCUGGAAAUGAUGCCAGAAAACAUGAAAGUGGUUGAACGAGGAAAAUAUGAAGAGGUGAAGAAUGCGGAUGCUGUACGUACUCGCCAUACAUCAGUGGUCAGUUCUGGUCCCUCUGUUCUUAGGUCAACUCUUCAUGAAGCUCCCAAAUCACAGCUGAGCCCUGGGAUUUAUGAUGAUACCAACGCAAGAAGGACACCUGUGAACUAUCAGAGCUCUAUGUCCAGGAGUUCCCCAAUGAUGAACAGAGUUACUGAAGCUGGAAUGUCUUCUGGGAAGUCUGCAAAUCAUGAAAGGAAAACACCGCUCACUCCAACCCAGAGAGAGAGUGUACCAGCAAAAUCGCCAGUCCCAGGGGUUGACCCAGUAGUAGCUCACAGUCCCUUUGACCCCCAUCAUAGAGGAGCUACUCCAGAAGUCUACAGAAGCCAUCUUCCCCCUCAUCUGGAUCCAGCCAUGCCAUUUCACAGGGCUCUGGAUCCUGCUGCAGCUGCAUACCUGUUUCAGAGGCAGCUUUCACCCACCCCAGGUUACCCAAGUCAGUACCAGCUUUAUGCGAUGGAGAACACACGGCAGACAAUCCUAAAUGACUAUAUUACCUCACAGCAGAUGCAAGUUAACUUACGCCCUGAUGUAACCCGAGGAUUAUCUCCUAGAGAGCAAACGUUAGCUCUCCCAUAUGCAGGAGCCAGAGGAAUUAUUGACCUGAAUAAUAUGGCUCCCACUAUCUUAGUGCCACACCCAGGAGGAACAAGCACCCCUCCUAUGGAGAGGAUCACUUACAUCCCUGGUACCCAGCUUACGUUCCCUCCCAGGCCUUACAAUCCUGCCUCUCUGUCACCAGGACACCCUACACAUCUGGCCGCUUCAGCUGCAGCAAAUGCUGAAAGGGAACGGGAGAGAGAGAGGGAGAAGGAACGAGAGAGGGAGAGGGAACGUGAACGAGAGCAGGAGAGGCAGCGAGAGCGAGAAAGGGAGAGAAUAGCUGCUGUUCCCACUGAGCUCUACCUUCGGCCUGGUACAGAGCAGCCUGGUAGACCUGGCAGUCAUGGGUACGUUCGCUCACCUUCUCCUUCGGUGAGAACGCAAGAGAACAUACUGCAGCAAAGACCCAGUAUUUUCCAAGGAACCAAUGGGACAAGUGUGAUCACACCUCUGGACCCUGCUGCCCAGCUACGUAUCAUGCAGCUCACCCCUGGAGCCCCCACCAUCACUCCAGGUUUGCCUGCUUCACGGUACAACACAGCAGCUGAUGCCCUGGCUGCACUUGUAGAUGCUGCAGCCUCUGCUCCUCAGAUGGAAGUUGCCAAAGCAAAAGAGAACAAGCAUGAAGGAAGCAGAAUAGAAGAGAACAUGGGGCGCAGGUCAGCCGUGGUUACUGAGCAGCAGCCACAGAUGGAGCAGAAAGUGCUGGACACAGAAAAAAGACCUGUUCAGUGUCCCUAUACAUCAGCGGCCUUUUCCAGUGGCAAGUCCCAGGGUCAGUCUUCGUCAUCAGUAGUUUAUUCAGAGGCUGGUAAAGAGAAGGGGCAUUCUAAAUCCAGGUACGAGGAGGAGCUACGAACCCGAGGGAAGACCACCAUUACUGCUGCGAACUUCAUUGAUGUGAUCAUCACUCGGCAGAUUGCUUCGGACAAGGAUGUGCGGGAUCGGGGCUCGCAGAGUUCAGAUUCUUCUAGCAGUUUAUCCUCCCACCGGUAUGAGCCACCUGGAGAUGCCAUUGAGGUGAUCACUCCUGCAAAUUCGCCAGCGCCUGCACAAGAAAAACUGCAGCCCUAUCAACAAGAGGUGCCCAAAUCAAACCAGGCAGAGAAUGAUCCCAACAGACAGUACGAGGGGUCGUUUCAUCGGUACAGGCCACAACAAGAAUCUCCAUCUCCCCAGCAGCCUCCACCACCUUCCUCACAGGCAGAAGGGAUGGCACAUGUGCCCAGGACCCGUCUGAUCACCCUUAAUGAUCAUAUCUGUCAAAUUAUUACACAAGAUUUUGCUCGAAACCAGUCGGCCUCCCAGACCUCCCUGCAGCCUCCCACAAGUACAUUCCAGAACUCGGCUUCUGUUGCAAGUCCCACACCCCUUCGGGCCAAGGCACCCAACCGCUACAGUCCCGAGUUGCAGUCACAGUCUGUCCACCACCAACGGCCUGCUGCUAGGGUAUCUCCUGAGAAUCUCUCUGACAAAGGCAGGGGAAGACCUGGGAAGUCUCCAGAAAGAAGUCAUGUCUCUUCAGAGUCCUACGAGCCCAUCUCACCCCCUCAGGUCCCAGUUGUGCAUGAGAAACAAGACAAUGUUCUGCUGCUUUCCCAAAGAUCUGAGCCUACUGAACAGAGGACUGACUCUCGCUCUCCUGGGAGUAUAAGCUACUUGCCUUCGUUUUUCACCAAGCUUGAAAGCACGUCACCAAUGGUGAAGUCCAAGAAGCAGGAGAUAUUUCGUAAGUUGAACUCCUCUGGUGGAGGUGACUCUGACAUGGCAACUGCUCAGCCAGGAACUGAAAUAUUCAAUUUGCCAGCAGUCACUACCUCAGGUGCAGUCAGUUCUAGGGGUCAUUCCUUUGCAGAUCCUGCCAGUAAUCUGGGUCUGGAAGACAUUAUUAGGAAGGCAUUGAUGGGAAACUUUGAUGACAAAGGGGAGGAUCAUGGAGUUGUAAUGUCACAACCUAUAGGGGUAGCACCUGGCAGUUCCAACCCUGCAGUAUCAGCAAACAGUGAGACCCGUAGAGAAGAAGCUAAUCCAUCACCCAAUUCAGGACUAGGAGUCGGCAAGCAGAAGUUAAUCGGCAAGUCCAGUAGCAGGAAGUCUAAAUCUCCUAUUCCUGGGCAGGGAUAUUUAGGAACUGAGAGACCUUCUUCUGUCUCAUCUGUACAUUCAGAAGGAGAUUACCAUAGACAGACUCCAGUGUGGGCCUGGGAGGACAGGCCUUCAUCAACAGGAUCCACGCAGUUCCCUUACAACCCCCUGACGAUGCGGAUGCUCAGCAGUACACCGCCAACAUCCAUCGCAUGCGCUCCACCAUCCAUGAGCCAAGCAACCACUCACCAACAGAACAGGAUCUGGGAGCGAGAGCCUGCCCCACUGCUUUCAGCACAGUACGAGACUCUGUCUGACAGUGACGACUGAACUAUGCAGAGGUGGUUUUUCUUCUUCUCUUCUUCUUUUUUUUUUUAAUUUGCGGGUCAAAGGAAAUCUUCUUUUUGACUUGUGCCCAAAGAGACUUUCCAAGAGAGCAAGGGCCAUACGAGAUGGAGAAGCGACGGAAACUUUUAUUUGGAGAGUCGAUUCGAAAGAUGCCUUCUGCACAGCCCACGUGGAGGAUUGUGAUCGAGGAAGGUUGACGUACUAAAGAUAAAUAUGUAAAGAGUUUUUAAAAAUAUGGACUAUUCCUGUUCUACAUCUGUUUGUAAAGAAAACCAUGUCUUUAAAUCAUUCUUCUGUAAAUAGAGAGUACUUUUUGCAGUGGUUUUCCCCUUGCUGUAGUAUCUGGUGUACUUAUGUUCAAAUCAAUGCAUAAACUUUGGGGGUCAUUUUGUAAUUUU